CCGGCCUCCCGCCUCUCACAUUUACAGAGAUCGAAAGGAAGGUCUAUCGGGUUCUAAUGAGUGUUUCUCUAGGUUCUUGAUACAGAAGAAGUGUCAAACUAGCACUGCAGGGUCAUAAAACUCCCCGUGGAAAGGCGCAAAACUCCUACGAAAGCCUUGUCAGAUGUAUAAACUUGAGCUUCGAGUGUCCGUCCCAAUGGCGGCGUAAACAAAGAGCAAACUCAUCUAGUGUGUCCGUGAAAAACAGCUGUGAUGGAAAAUGCCAGGCAGUGAUAGCAACGACACUAUACCAAAAGAAAGAUGGAGUGCCAGAGAUGGGUUUAAACAAGUGGACAGCACCUAAUGAAGACAUGAACCUGCUGGACAUGUAUGGAAGCCGUCGGAAAUACGAAGUGACACGCUACAGACUCCCAAGCCUAUCACUAAAGAGAUAACCAUUCAUAGAUAAGUCAGUGGUCAGGGGCGAGAAGCUCCAGCCCCACAAAGAAGUAAAGAAAAACAGGAUAACAACGGCAAAGAAAAAGAGGUGAACAAGCACAGACCACAACAAGAAGGCAUGAAACCUAGUCAUCACUGCAAAUUAAGUGUCAAGCUUGGAUGAGAAGUCUGAACUUCCAAGAGGGUGAAAGAUAACGAAAGAAACAGUAAACUGGAUCCAUAGCUGUUUAUGGCGAGAGCUCUUCCUGCAUAUUCCCCCCAUCACCUUGGUACACGCAGGGGACUCCCAACAACCUACGUGGCAGCCGUUUUCUAUCAUCCUCAACGACGCCCCGCCCUUCGAGGUGAUCGGCAGCGCUAAGGAAGUGGUGGACAUCAUGGCGGAGAAGCUUGGGUUUUGCUACACACUGGUCAGAGCUUCGGAUACGGACUGGGGCAUCGAACUCCCUGACGGAUCAUGGACCGGAUCCCUGGGCAUGCUGAACAGAGGGGAGGUGGACAUGUCAGCGUCCCUCUACACGGUGUCCCAGGCGAGGAGUCAAGCCGUGGCCUUCAGUUACCCGUUCACCGUCGACCAGUUCACCUUCGGCUACACGCGGCCCGUCCUGAGGAGCGACGAGACGGGGUUCCUCAAGCCGUUCUCCCUCCCGGUGUGGGCCCUUCAGGUGGCAACACUGGUGGUGGUGUUUGCGGCUACUUGCUUGAUUCAUCUCGGACACUCGAAGAUAAACACGUCGAGAAGAGGCGGCGGCGAGGGUGAUGACGGUCUGACUCCCCGGCGGCGCGAUCACUGGGCGGGGGCGGCGACCAGCGCGGAGAGGAGUGCCUGCUGGGUGUACUCCGCCUUCCUGGGACAGUCCGUGCCGUGGGUGCCUAGCGGGUCUGGGGUCCGCGUGGUGGCCGGGCUGUGGCUCCUCGCCGCCUACAUCGUCACCGCCGUGUACCGCUCCAACCUGGUGGCCACGCUGGUGCUGCCCAAGCUCCAACUGCCCUUCAACAGCCUCGAGGAGCUGGGCGCCUCCUCCAUCACGGCCUGGGUGCCCAAGGGGAGCCGUGUACAGCAGGCGAUAGAGACCUCGCCGCCUGAGAGUCCAAUGGGCGGACUGCGCAGCAACAUGUUCGUGGGGCCGAGCAUCCCCGAGGGCGUGGCGGGGCUUUACAACGGCACCUGGGCCUACACCACCACCACCAGGACGUUACACUACUUCAUGGACCUUCACUUUGCACAGGUUGGGUCAUGCAAGCUCUACACUGCUUCAAAUGGCUUCUUCGGCGCUUCGAGUCUCAGCUACGCCUUCCCUCUCGGCUCCCCGCUCAAGGCCAAGGUGGACAGCGUCAUCCUCCGCCUCCACGACUCCGGGAUCAUCGAGUAUUUGCUUCAAGGACAAGUGAGGAAUUCCAGUGAGUGUUUGAAGCCUGUUGGGUCGAGGCUGGACAGUGUCGAGAGGCCGCUGGGCGUGAGUGACUACAUCGGCGUCUUCAGUGUCUUCGGUGCUGGCAUUCUCCUCAGCGCGGUGGCUUUGGCGUGUGAAGUGGCAGUGUUCUUUUGGGGUUCGAAGUCACGACCACCAGUCAGCCAACGAGCCAACUCCUCGACCCCUGCUGAGUGACUGGCUGACCUGCUUGCAUCUUUGGCUGCUGACUGACUGACUGAUGACUGCCUGGCUGACUGACUUACUGAUUGGCUGACUGACUUGCUGAUCGAGGGACUGGCUGAGUGACUGAGUAAUUGACUGACUGACUAACCAACCAUCGUUUCCCUCUUGGCUGACUGACUGAUAAGUUGGUUGACUGAUUGACUGUCAGACUGACUAACUGACUGAUAGACAAACUGAUUGGCUGACUUACUAUUAUAGCUUAUUGAAAGGCUGGUUAACUGACUGACUAACUUAACUUUGCUGUAUAAGUUUCUAUUGUUAGUGACUUCAGUAGGUGAUAAUGAAGAAUAUUCUUUAAGCUUUUUUCAAGUUCCACAGAAUAUUUACUCAAGUUAAGUGUCAUGCACAUGUUGAAUCACAGAACUUGAUGUCAGACUUGCACAACUUUCUGUAUGAUUUUCACCCAUAGAAAAGUAUUACAAAAA